UCGAUGGGCCAGUCCUCUCUCCCUCCACCCCUGUUUGGCAGCAUUUUUCUUUGCAGAAUAAGUGCGAGCUGAUCUGUGCUCUCGCGAGCAAAUGUCGAUUCCUCGACCAUCGCCGGACUCACCUCUGGGUGAAACAGCACCAGAAGCGAGGCACGCAGCCGGAAAUGACGCAGGAUCACCGUUUGUUCACGACGGGUUGCGAAUGGGCGCGUCUCCUGUAGCACGAGCCGGUCUAUUACAGCCGAGAAGUUUUGUGUCGUCAAGCUCAAAGUCUUCCCGGCCUCGUAAUGCGGGACUCCAUACUCAGGACGCCAUUCGAGACAGUACCAUGCACAUCUCCAGUAUACCCCUCCGCACUACGAGCGCCACGCCUCACUCGGAAGAUGCGUUCAUAUUCCCGGAUGUCGACACCACACCGGGGGCGGUCUCUGCGGGGAUACCGCCACAGACCGGUUCGGUGGUCUCUCUUGUCCCCUCCAACCAGUCCACCGACAGCUUUACAGAUCUCACUGCAUCCACCACGACGAUCGACUCAACGCCAUCUGGUGCUGCCACUCCCCGCGGACGCCAGGGCCCGUCAGGUCUAUCACUACUGCUAGCUCGACAGACUCACGAGGAGUCACCUAGCGGCUCGUCGACACCGACACCGACCCUAGAACAUCCUCACGGACGUCUGCGCACAGUACCCACAGAUCCUGCUAGUGACGUACCUUUGGACCAUCCCCCAACGAGAUCUGCCUUGUCUCCUGUACUCUCCUUCGCCGACGCCGCACAGGCCGACAGAUCUAACACGCUUUCUGAAACGACACCCCUGCUGGUAGACCUGGAGGCCGCCCACCCAGGCAACGGCCGAACCUACGUUCCCAAGGCCGAGGGCAAGGAACGUGCGAACCGGCUGCUGUCCCUACUAUGCCGCCCACCUGCGUCGCACCUUACCCUACACGCGGCGAAGGACACUGCAGUGACAGCCGUGCAGUCGUUGCCGGCGGUGCUCCUGGGCACGUUGCUCAAUAUCCUCGACGGCGUCUCCUGUGCGUACGUAUUUCACGAUCACGUUGGCUCGCUCUGAGGCUUCCUUACGUCCAGAUGGCAUGAUCAUAUUCCCAGCGGCGGGGGUCUUUGCGGGACUCGGCGGCACCGGGGUGUCGAUGUUCUUCGUCUCGGCGAUCAUCGCGCAGUUGAUUUACUCCGCCGGAG